CGCGGUCGCAGACGCUCGCCUCGCGUUACCUCCGCGUUCUAACGCGGCCUACCCUCUGUUUUCGUGACCUAAGAAUUAUACCCGGAUCGACAGAACAACGGAGUGGCAUGGGUGAUGGUGUCGCAAUGAGCUUGCGGCUGGCGACGCUGGCGCUGCUGGUGUGCGCGGCGGCGGGCGAGCCUCGCCUGCAGAGCACGCCGCGCCCGCGCCACUGGCAGCGGGGCGUACGGACCCUCUCUGAUCGAUCGCCCACACAGUUUGUUGGCCCACACGUGUGUCGGAGUCGAAACAGCACGCAUUGCUGUCCGGGGUGGACCUCCAGACCCAACUCUUUACUUUGUGUAGUUCCGUUAUGUCGCCCGGACUGCGGGUCCCCGGGCGCGUGCAUAGCCCCGAACAUGUGCCGCUGUCCCGGCGGCACCGAGGCGCCAUCUUGUGCGGGCGGCGGACUCUAUCCCUAUCCUGCUCGAACGCGUGGUGGUUGUCGCAGGAUAUGUAUGAACGGCGGCACUUGCACGAACGGCACUUGCGCCUGCGCACCCGGAUGGUCCGGCGAGUUUUGUACUGAACCGAUAUGCCGCGAGCCAUGCUUGCACGGAGGGCGCUGUAUCGCGCCCGACCGCUGUGUCUGCUUCCACGGCCUGUCCGGGACUAGGUGCGAGAUUGACAGACGGACUGGCCCGUGCUACACGGACACUCGCGGCGCGUUGUGCACGGGCGCGCUGGAGGGCGUGGUGUGCACGAAGCAGCUGUGCUGCGCGACCGUGGGCGUGGCCUGGGGGCACCCCUGCGAGCGCUGCGGGGACCUCGACUGCCCCUCGGGGCACCUGCGGAACUUGGCCACUAAGGAGUGUCAGGACAUAGACGAGUGUCUAGCAGUCCCGGGGCUGUGCGAGGGCGGCAAGUGCGUGAACUCGGUGGGCUCGUUCUCGUGCGAGUGUCCGCCCGGACAGCGCAGGCAUCGGACCACUAAUAACUGCGAGGAUAUUGAUGAGUGCGAGGACCCGGAUAUUUGUCCUAAUGGAAAAUGUGUAAACACAGAGGGUGAUUACUACUGUUUAUGUAAUCCACACUUCAUUCCGAGUCCGGACAAGAAAUUCUGUAUAGACGGUCGCGUGGGCAACUGCUUCACGUACCUGAGCGAGACGGGCUCGUGCGGCGACAAGCUGCCGAUGGCGCUGUCCAACCGCGACUGCUGCUGCGGGUACAACAUGGGCCGCGCCUGGGGCGAGCUGUGCGCGCCCUGCCCGCCACGGGGCUCCAUGGAAUGGACGCACCUCUGCGGCGGUGGUGCUAUCCCCCCGGACUGGCGCCGCAACGACACGAGCGGGGGUGGGGACGUGGCGCACCCCAUCGCCAAGAUCAACGAGUGCAUGCUGCGCGCCGGCAUCUGCGGUCUGGGGGACUGCGUGGACAAGGACGUGGGGUACUCGUGCCAGUGCUGGGAGGGCGCGGAGAGCACGGUGCAGGACGGCAGCCCGACCUGCAUCGACAUCGAUGAGUGCGCGCUGCAGUACUGCGCCGGCGGCACCUGCCUCAACACGCCCGGCAGCUUCACCUGCAGAUGUCCACCUGGCUUCGAUCCCGUAGAGAACGGUCUACGGUGCAGCGAUAAAAACGAAUGCGAAAUGACUAACGGAGGAAUGUGUACCAACGGUGUUUGUACCAAUGUCGAUGGAAGGUUCGUGUGCACGUGCAACCCGGGCUACGCGUCCACAGAGACGGGGCACGCGUGCCGCGACGUGGACGAGUGCGGCGACAACCCGCGCGUGUGCCGGCGCGGGCGCUGCCGCAACACGCCCGGCGGGUACGACUGCGUGUGCGAGCCCGGCUUCGCGCUGUCGGCGGCUGGCUACUGUGCGGAUGUGGACGAGUGCGCGGACGGCUCGCUGUGCCAGGGCGGGCGCUGCGUGAACAACGAGGGCUCGUUCCAGUGCGUGUGCGAGGCGGGCUACCGCGGCACGCCGUCGCGCGACGCGUGCGUGGACGUGGACGAGUGCGGCGAGCUGCGCGUCUGCCGCAACGGCCGCUGCCACAACGCGCCCGGCUCCUUCCGCUGCGAGUGCCUGCCCGGCUUCUCGCUCAGCAGCGACGGCCGCACCUGCCUGGACGAAGUGCAAGACUUGUGUUAUGAGAAGUACGAAGAAGACGCUUGCAGCGGACCCGGUACCGCGCCCGUCACGCGCUCGCAGUGCUGCUGCAGCGCUAGCAAAGGAUUACGACUCGGCUGGGGUGUCGCUUGCAAAGAGUGCCCCAAAGUCGGUACAAAGGAAUACGACAUUCUGUGUCCCGAAGGCGCGAGCAAGGACAAUGGGGGCACAGAUAUCAACGAAUGUACCAUGAUCCCGGGGAUUUGCCCUCAUGGAACAUGCGAGAAUCUGGAGCCUGGCUACAAGUGUAUAUGUGAUCCUGGAUACCAUCCCGAUAAGGAUGGCAUUUGCAGGGACAUUGAUGAGUGUGAUAUGUACCAGUCUUACUGCACGGGCGGGCAGUGCCGCAACACGGCGGGCAGCUUCACGUGCGUGUGCCCGCCCGGCACGCGCCACGAGCCCGCCGAGCAGCUGUGCCGCGACAUCGACGAGUGCGAGGGUGAGGCGCCCGUGCCCCCGCCCCCUGCCCCCGCCCCGCCCCCCGGCCCCCACCGCGGGGACAUCCCGCCCGCAGAACAAACGAACCCGUGUGACAACGGUAGAUGUAUCAACACACACGGUAGUUACGAGUGCGAGUGUGAACACGGCUUCGUGUUGGACGCUACGGCGCAACAUUGUCUAGACAACCGUCGCGGCUCGUGCUGGCGGCGCGUGGUGGACGGGCAGUGCGAGGGCGCAGCGCCCACGCCCUUACUGCGGCAGGAGUGCUGCUGCAGCGUGGGGCUCGCCUGGGGCUCCCCCUGCGAGCCCUGCGAUCCCACCGACUGCCCCUGCCCCAAGGGGUUCGCUAAGUUGGAUGGUGCGACAUGUCGAGAUGUGGAUGAAUGUAUGCUCGAUCCUGACCUGUGUAUUGGCGGGGAGUGUGUGAAUACAGAUGGUAGUUACCGUUGCGAUUGUCCUAAUGGACUCACAUUAGAUUCUACAGGCAACCGUUGCGUGGACACGCGGCGCGAGUACUGCUACACGGAGUACUCGGGCGGGCGCUGCGCGGGCGCGCUGCCCGUGGAGGUGCGGCGCGCUGUGUGCUGCUGCUCCGCGCUGGGGCGGGCCUGGGGCGACGCGCGCUGCGAGCCCUGCCCCAAGAGAGGUACGGACGCAUUCCGCAACCUCUGCACGGCUGGAUCAAGCGGUCGCCCCAGUGUAUGGACCCGCCCUGGCGGCCCCAACGGCACCAGCAUUUGGAACCAAGUAGACGGUGGUGAUGGCUUCGACGACGGGCGAGUAGUGACCUGGGGCAACCACACUGGGGAGGAUGAGUGGGGGCAAGGAGGACAGCAGGGAGGGCCUGGAGUCACGCCUAGUCAAAUGGAAGUCAAUGAGUGUGCGGCCUUCCCGGGAUUGUGCGGUCACGGAAGGUGCAGGAAUAUGGUCGGCACGUUCACGUGUGACUGCUUCCCGGGUUAUGUUAAGGACUCCAAGAACCACUCGUGCGUGGACCUGAACGAGUGCGAGAUAAUGGUGAACGUGUGCGGUGCGGGCGCCUGCCACAACACGGAGGGCGGGUUCUACUGCGUGUGUCAAGAAGGGUAUAGGACUGAUGAGCUUUCCAAGAUCUGUGUUGACAUCGACGAGUGCGGGGAGGACCGCACGCUGUGCCGCGGCGGGCGCUGCGUGAACACGGCGGGCUCGUUCCGCUGCGAGUGCGGCGCGGGCAUGGAGCUCGCACCCAACAGGCUCUCCUGCAAGGAUAUCGAUGAGUGCUCUAUUACUUCCGGUAUAUGCAGCAACGGCGCGUGCGAGAACCAGAUGGGCACGUACCAGUGCGUGUGCGACGAGGGCUACGCGCAGUCCACGGUCAAGUCGCACUGCGAGGACAUCGACGAGUGCACGGAGGACCCCACGAGAUGUCAGCACGAGUGUGUGAACACGCCAGGGUCGUAUCAUUGUGUGUGCAGGGAGGGGUGGCACCUGCGCGCGGACGGGCGCACGUGCCGCGACGUGGACGAGUGCGCGGGCGGCGCGCGGGCGUGCGGCGGGGGCGAGUGCCGCAACACGCCCGGCUCCUACCGCUGCGCCUGCGCCGACGGGCUGCUGCCCGCGCCGCCCGACGCCAGGCCCACCUGCCUCGACAUCGACGAGUGCGCUGAUAUUGAAGACCUCUGCGGUGCGGGUGAGUGCCGCAACACGAUCGGCAGCUUCGUGUGCCGUUGCCCCGACGGGUACAGCGUGAAGCCGGAGCAGGGACCCGCCUGUACGGACGAUGAUGAGUGUGAACUGGGCACUUGUGACUGUCACCCGUCUGCCGAUUGUAUUAACUUGCCGGGCUCAUUCCAAUGCCGCUGCCGUGACGGUUGGCGCGGUGACGGUGCGUCGUGCGAGGACGUGGACGAGUGCCUCACCAACAACGGCGGCUGCCACCCGCGGGCCGCCUGCCGCAACACUGAUGGAUCCUUCGUGUGCCUGUGUGACACCGGAUAUAAGGGUGACGGAUAUUCAUGUGUGGAUAUUGACGAGUGUGCAAAUGACCCAACACUGUGUGAGAACGGACACUGUACUAACACACCUGGUGCUUACGAGUGCGACUGUGACGUUGGCUUCACUAAAUCACAGGAUGGCAAACAAUGUCUAGACAUGGACGAGUGCGCGACGUUCGACAACGUGUGUGUGUUCGGUCGGUGCGUUAACACGUACGGAAUGUUCAAGUGUAUCUGUGACAAGGGUUAUCAGUCUGAUAGCAUUGAUGAUUUGAUGCCCGGCUUCAACUGCACGGACGUGGACGAGUGCAAGUCGCCACAAUCCUGUCAAUACGGAGAGUGUAUCAACACGCAAGGCUCCUACAUCUGCCGUUGCCCGCCCAACUACGAGCUUGUGUCUGAUGGAACUGCUUGUUACGAUUCGCGCAAAGCUCGUUGUUACGCGAAGGUGGAUCUCCGUUCUGGCACAGAGCAGUGCCGGGAUAGUGAUGAGCUCUCUGAAGACGGCACCAUGGCUGCUUGCUGCUGUUCUGUUGGUGCUGCAUGGGGUAACUACUGUGACUUAUGUCCGGAGCCCGGCUCUGAGGCGUAUCGGCAACUGUGUCCCGGUGGACCUGGAUAUCAACCAGUUUUGGAACCUCCGUCAUACGUGGUGACGCUGGCGGACAUCGACGAGUGCUCGGCGCACGCGGGGCUGUGCGCGCACGGCACGUGCACGAACACGUUCGGCUCGUUCGUGUGCACGUGCGGCGCGGGCUGGCGGCUGGCGGACGCGCUGCGCUGCGAGGACGUGGACGAGUGCGGGGUGCCGGACGCGUGCGGGCCCGGCGUGUGCCGCAACCUGCCCGGCUCCUACGUGUGCCUGUGCCCCGAGGGCUACGUCGCCAUGCCCAGCGGCAAGGAGUGCGUGGACGUGCGGCAGCGGCAAUGCUACCUGGAGUGGGACGAAGACCGUGGGACGUGCGGCGGGCCCGUGGGCGUGCCGCAGACGCAGUACCUGUGCUGCUGCAGCGUGGGCCGCGCGUGGGGGGCUCCCUGUGAGGCCUGCCCCGCGCGGGGCUCGCGCGAGCACGUGGCGCUGUGCGGCGAGAAGCCGGGCGAGUACAUCAACCCGUGGACCAACGAGACGCGGCCCAUCGACGAGUGCGAGCUCAUGCCGCAGCUGUGCAAGCCGGGCGCCUGCCACGACACGCCCACCGGCUUCCAGUGCGGCUGCGACCACGGCUACGAACACGACAACACAUCGCACCAGUGCCGCGACAUCGACGAGUGCACACUGCACCACUCGCCGUGCCGCGGGCUCGCGCAGUGCGUCAACCUUCCCGGUGCUUAUGAGUGCAAGUGCCCAGCGGGCUAUCGGCUGACAAGUUCGCUGGACGAGUGUGAAGACGUGGACGAGUGCGAUGACGCACGCCUCUGCGAACACGGCGACUGCCGCAACACUGUGGGCUCUUAUCGAUGCGAGUGCAAGCCGGGUUACACGCUGCGCGACAACGCGUGCCGUGACGUGGACGAGUGCUCGCGCCCGCGGCCGCUGUGCCGCAACGGCACGUGCGAGAACCGGCCCGGCUCCUACGUGUGCCACUGCGAUGAGGGCUUCAAGCCGGGUGCUAAUAAUGACUGUAUUGACAUAAACGAGUGCCGUGAGGGUGGCAUGGUAUGCCGAAACGGGCGCUGCCGCAACACGGUGGGCGGGUUCCGCUGCGAGUGCGCGAGCGGCUACACGCUGACGGCGGACGGCCGCAACUGCCGCGACGUGGACGAGUGCACCGAGCUGCCCGCGCCCUGCGGCCGGGACGGCUCCCCGUCCUGCACCAACACUAACGGCGGAUACGAGUGCUCGUGCGGUGCGGGCUGGCGGCUGGCGGGGCGCCGCUGCGUGGACCGCGACGAGUGCCGCGAGCUGCAGUACGUGUGCGCUGGCGGGGACUGCCACAACUUUAAUGGCGGCUACCGUUGCGACUGUCCAGCCGGCUGGCGAUUUGACCAAGCAGCUGCACUGUGCGUGGACGAGCGCAAGGAGCUAUGUUACGAUGAGUGGUCCAACGGCCGCUGUCAUCGUGCGCGCCCGCUGCAACUGGGCCGGCCGGAGUGCUGCUGUUCUGAAGGUGCUGCAUGGGGUAGAUAUUGUGAACGUUGCCCAACACCUGACUCGCCGGAAUUCUUACGUAUUUGUCAAGGUGGAAUGGGAAGACCUAAUCUUACACAGGACCUGGACGAGUGCGCGGUGCGGCCGGACGUGUGCCGCGGCGGGCGCUGCGUGAACACGGACGGCUCGUUCCGCUGCGAGUGCGGCGCGGGCUACGCGCUGGACGCGAGCGGGCUGGCCUGCGUGGACGCGGACGAGUGUGCGGCCGACCCGCGCGUGUGCGGCAACGGCACCUGCACCAACACGCCCGGCGGCUACGAGUGCCGCUGCAAUAUGGGCUUCACGCAGGGGCCGCAACAGACGUGCGUGGACAUAGACGAGUGCGCGGAAGGGCGCGCGAUGUGCUCGUUCCGCUGCCACAACACGCUGGGCUCGUUCCGCUGCACGUGCCCGUUCGGGUUCGCGCUGGCGGCGGACGGCGUGCACUGCCGGGACGUGGACGAGUGCGCGGCCGACGGGGACGUGUGCCCGCACGCGUGUGAGAACGUGGUCGGCUCCUAUAUCUGCAAGUGUCCGGAAGGCUACAGACGCACAUCAGCACCGCACGACGCGGAAGACGCGUGUGAAGACAUCGACGAGUGCGCGGAGAGCAGCGAGCGGUGCGCGCCCGGCGUGUGCAUCAACACGGACGGUGGAUACACGUGCGACUGUGAUGCUGGCUACGAGCCUAGUGAAGACAUGCACGCGUGUAUAGACCGCAGAACGGGCACGUGCCACCGCUCGCUGGUGUCGGGCCGCUGCGUGCCCGAGCCAUGGCCCAGAGCUAUCGCUUCUACUCCUGUGCCAGCUACACAAGUUACCAAAGCGCAAUGCUGCUGCACGCUGGGCAUGGCGUGGGGCCCGGAGUGCGAGCUGUGCCCUGCCCCGGGCACAUCAGCCCGCAUGGAGCUGUGUUCUCGCGCCAACCUGUUGCCGCGCCCCGACCUCAUUGACAACGAGCUGGUGGCGGUUGGGGACGUGCUGGAUGUGGACGAGUGUGCGCUCAUGGCUGGGCUGUGCGCGCCUGGGCGCUGUGUUAACACUAUUGGCAGUUUCCGCUGUGUCUGCGGUCUGGGCUACAAAGCAGCCGGGGACGUGUGCGCGGACGUGGACGAGUGCAGCGCGCGGCGCGCCCCGUGCGAGCAGCUGUGCCGCAACACGGACGGCUCGUACGAGUGCCUGUGCCGGGCGGGCUACGAGCUGGACGAGGACGGUGCCAACUGCCGCGACGUGGACGAGUGUACUACCGGCGCGCACACUUGCCAACAGACGUGUACCAACACGGAGGGAUCGUUUGAGUGCUCGUGUCAAGAGGGUUAUGAGAAGCGUGGUGAUGCGUGUGUCGACAUAAACGAGUGCCACGAGGAGGGCAUAUGCCCGCCGCCGGGCAAGUGCGUGAACCUGCUAGGCUCGUUCCGCUGCGUGUGCCCGCGCGGCUUCCGGCUCGACCUGAGCGGCGAGCGGUGCCGCGACCGCGACGAGUGCGAGGAUGGCCGCUGCCAGUCGCCCUGCCGCAACUAUGCGGGUGGUUACCGCUGUGAAUGUCCACCUGGCGAAAUCCGGUCGGCCAACGGGCUGUGCGCGCCGCAGGACGUGUGCGCGGGCUCGCCGUGCGGCGCCGCGCCGUGCUUCCCGCUCGGCGCCGACUUCCGCUGCGGCUGCCCCAGCGGCUACGGGUGGGACGCCUCGCACGCGGUGUGUCUGCAGAUGGCGGGCGGGUGCGCGACGGCCAGCUGCCUGUUCGGCUGCCGCGCGCAGGGCUCGGGCUACCAGUGCGGCUGCCCGGCGGGCUACGAGCUGGUGGGCGCGGGCCACUGCGUGUCGGCGCUGGACGGGCUGGCGCCGGGCGACAUCGGCGCCGCGCCCGUGUUCCCCGUGCGCGACCAGUACAAGCUGCCCGACGACCUGCUCUCCACCGAGGGCUGCUUCAGCUGCAAGAUGAAUGGCCGAAGAAGAAGAGCUCCUGAAGAAGGCAUCGUGUACGCUAAUGGAACCACGCUUGUUAGGAGGCGCAGGAGACGCAGUAGACGUCGCCGUUCGCUCCUCGAACCGGAAGCCGAACUGAUAGUCCUGCGCACCACACCAAAGCAAACUUGGGGCAGAGUCCCGCUCCUGCGACUGAUCCCCGCGGAGGGCGAUGGCCGACCGCACUACCGCAUCGCGUACGGUGACGACCAGAAAGACUUCAUAUUGAACAAGAAAGACGGCACUUGGGCACUCAGAUUGCGAAAACAUCUCAAGUCCCAAGAAGUUCUGGAAAAACAAUUAGAAUUAGAAGCCAGAUUCGUCACUCCACAGUCGAGUAAGAAGAGGAAUAGACGGCACGUGGAAGAUAUCCCGGCGCCGCUCAGACUGUACGUGUCUGUUCAUAUCGCUCCCACGAAGCGCUGAGCCGUAACGCGUGAGACUCUCCUUGCAAGACAGUCGCGUUAAUAGACCUACUGAUUGAAUACAAUUGACUCUUUCUAGUUUAUGUUCGUAUUGUAAGUUAGAAUGAGACAGCAUUAUAUCUUAAAUUUUAUGAAUAGAAAAUUUUUUUGAUAUGUAAACGGUCUAUUAAUGCGUGUUAAUAUAAUUAUAUAAUAAAGUACACUCGUAGGAAUUGAAUUGGUUGUAAAUAUGAAUUCUAAAACACUGCCAUGAAAUCAGUCAUUAUACGCACUGCCAUAUGAUUCGUUCUCAUUAAGUAUUUGUACUACAGAUGCUUAGGGCUUAUAAAUUGGUAAGGUUUGUCUCACUGCACCUUAUUUAGGGUAGUCUAACAUUAUGUAUGCGAUUUAUUACAACGCCAUCUAUGGGAAAAUUUAAGUAACUUUUUUUAUUCAAGGAAUUUGUACGAAAUCGCAUGCGACAAUCGUAAGGUCGUCGUUAAACGAAUCCUGGACGAUCUCGGCAGUAUUAAUAGUGUGAGGUGAUUGAAUGCAUAAUAUACUAGGGAUACAUAUCGAUUAUUAUCUACUAAAUAUAACGUAAGCGACAUUUUUGUCUGAGACAAAAUUACGCUCGAAAACUCGACUUCGUUUACUUCUUUUAAAUUUUAAGGAAUAAAUGCAAUAAACAUUAUUUUUAUAAACAAAUUAGUAUGAAUUCAUGGAUCAUGGUAUGGUUAUGGAACAUAGUGUAGGAGAUGAUAAUCUUUACAUAUAAAAUAACACGACUAAUUACUUAUUCCGCCAUCUUUAGUGCCAGUGUAGCGUAAGGCGUAUAAUAUUUAAGAGAACUAUUUAUUUUCACUUAUAUAACAAUAUGGAGUCUAAAUAUAUGGCGUCGUAUGAUAGUUGUUUAAAUGUUGCCAUAAAUAUGUCAGAUUUUGGCGGGAAAUUUUAUAUCUCGUUAAUUUUAAAUUAUGGUAUAAAUACAGUUUUGUUACAAAUUCAAUAUUAUCUUUAUGGAGAAAUAUGGCACUAAUUGUGUUGCAAAAUAUCUAUUUUUGAAUAAAAUGUAUUGCAUAUAUAUUUUGACGCUAAAAUCUUUUUAUCAGUUUUUACAGCUGUCAACAAUUCAGGCACCUAUCUAUAGGAUAUCUAAAGUUUAUCUAUCUAGUGUUUACAUCUACUUAUUUUUAUAUAGAGCCAUUUUUAUAGAUUUUUUUAUGUUAACGCUUUUUGGCAUUAUUUAGUCGUUACACACUUCAAUAGACUAGUUUUAUUUUGUAAAUAUGUGCAUACGAUGAAAUAUUGAAAAUGUGUUAUAUUUUAACUUAGGUUAAGGUAAAAUGGUAAUUUUAAAAUAAUAAUAAAUU